GUCCAAAAAAGGAGGUAGCUGAAUGUAAGGAAAGGUUUGCAAAUUCGGUGGAUCCAACGGUUAGCCAAACGUUUAUGCUAGAUCGAGUGUUCAAUCCCGAGGGGAAGUCGCUGCCACCCAUGCGAGGGUUCAAGUAUUCCAGCUGGUCCCCACUGGGCUGUGACGCCAACGGGAGGUGCCUGCUCGCAGCUUUAACCAUGGACAAUCGACUGACCAUCCACGCAAACCUCAACAGGCUGCAGUGGGUGCAGCUGGUGGACCUGACAGAAAUCUACGGGGAGCGUUUGUACGAAGCCAGUUACAAACUUUCUAAGGCUGACACUGCCAGGGGAGAACUAGGAGAUUUCUCUGAAUUUCAGAGACGGCACAGCAUGCAGACUCCAGUGCGCAUGGAGUGGUCGGGCAUCUGCACCACUCAGCAGGUUAAACACAACAACGAAUGCCGGGACGUCGGCAGCGUGCUCUUAGCGGUACUCUUUGAAAAUGGUAACAUUGCAGUUUGGCAAUUUCAGCUUCCGUUUCUGGGUAAGGAAUCAAUUACUUCUUGCAAUACCAUAGAGUCCGGAAUAAAUUCCCCAAGUGUGUUGUCUUGGUGGGAGUAUGAACAUAACAACCGAAAGAUGAGUGGACUUAUUGUGGGGAGUGCUUUUGGACCGGUUAAGAUCCUUCCUGUCAACCUAAAAGCAGUCAAAGGCUACUUUACGCUGAGACAACCUGUAGUCUUAUGGCAAGAAAUGGACCAGUUACCAGUGCACAGUAUCAAAUGCAUUCCUCUUUACCACCCCUACCAGAAAUGUAGCUGUAGCCUAGUGGUGGCUGCGAGAGGAGCAUACGUAUUUUGGUGUCUCCUGUUGAUAUCCAAAGCAGGUCUUAAUGUCCAUAAUUCCCACGUGACAGGGCUUCAUUCUUUGCCAAUUGUAUCUAUGACCGCAGACAAACAGAACGGCACAGUGUACACGUGCUCCAGUGAUGGAAAGGUGAGGCAGCUGAUUCCUAUAUUCACGGACGUUGCUUUAAAGUUUGAGCACCAGCUGAUUAAGCUCUCAGAAGUGUUUGGCUCCGUCAGGACUCACGGAAUAGCCGUUAGCCCGUGCGGGGCGUACUUAGCCGUUAUUACAACAGAGGGGAUGACUAAUGGCCUGCACCCAGUUAAUAAGAACUACCAGGUUCAGUUUGUAACCCUUAAGACUUUUGAGGAGGCAGCUGCCCAGCUCUUGGAAUCUUCUGUUCAGAACCUUUUCCGGCAAGUGGACUUGACGGAUCUUGUACGCUGGAAAAUUUUGAAGGAUAAGCAUAUUCCUCAGUUCUUACAGGAAGCACUGGAUAAAAAGAUUGAGAGCUGUGGUUCUACUUACUUCUGGCGGUUUAAGCUAUUUCUCCUGAGGAUUUUGUACCAGUCAAUGCAGAAAGCUCCCUCAGAGGUCAUGUGGAGACCGUCACAUGAGGAUGCAAAAAUCUUGAUAUCGGAUUCCCCUGGGAUGGGCAGCACUGAAGAUGAUCAAGAGGAAGGAACUUCUAAACAAGCCAGCAAGCAGGGCCUAUGUGACACGGGCAAAGGUAUGGACAUAGAUGAUACUGCAGAGGAUUCUCUUCCUCAGUCAAGUGACAUAGGAGGCCGCGAGCCAAUGGAAGAAAAGCUUCUUGAAAUACAGGCACAAAUUGAGGCAGUAGAAAUGCAUUUGACUCGAGAGCACAUGAAACGGGUGUUGGGAGAAGUUUAUCUACACACAUGGAUUACAGAAAACACCAGUAUUCCCACCAGAGGAGUCUGUGACUUCUUAAUGUCCGAUGAUGGCUAUGAUGACAGAACAGCACGAGUGCUGAUUGGGCAUAUCUUAAAGAAAAUGAACAAACAGACUUUUCCAGAGCACUGCAGCUUGUGUAAAGAGAUCCUGCCAUUCACUGAUCGCAAACAGGCAGUCUGCUCCAAUGGACAUAUUUGGCUCAGGUGCUUCCUAACCUACCAAUCCUGCCAGAGUUUGGUAUACAGGAGGUGUUUGCUUCACGACAGCAUUGCACGGCAUCCAACCCCAGAAGAUCCUGAAUGGAUCAAGAGGUUAUUGCAAGGACCUUGCACGUUCUGUGAUUCUCCUGUGUUCUAGAGAAAAGCUAUGUAAAGAUAAAGUAUUUUCUCUACUGCAUAAGGUCCCUUCAGUCUUGAAGGAUACAGAGCACAGGAAUACAGACUUUACUGGAGAGCGAAGACAUUGUCCACGGCCCUGUAAAUACAUCGGAGAUUCUAGGAACUCCUUAAGUCCAGAGCCUGUUCCAUGCUCCAGAAACAGGAGUGCACCUGGAAGAGCGAGUUUAUAAAGGGUUUGGGAAUGCACCCCUUGAAGCGGCAGCGGCAGCACACGCUUCCUUUUACUGAAAAGGAACUGAAGUCUUAAGGACGAGCUGUGAACUGUCCCUCCCGCCCCACAGCGGGUGAUUGCCCCGAUGGGAACAGCGGAGCUGCCUCCUGAAUGGUCUUGGUGGGUAGAGAAGGCUUCAGCUUGUAGUGUGCUCGUUUGCUUUUUAACAAGCACUGGCAUUUGCUGCAGAAUAUUAAACUAUCGAAAUAAUUUGUGGUUCUAAUUUCUUGCAGAGUGAAGCGUAUGCCAGUUACAGCCAUAUGAAAGAAAUUGGCCAUUAUAUUAGUUUCACUUAAAGUCUAGAAGAUUAACUGCCUCUUAAGUCUUAACAGUAUUGCAGUCAGAAGGGUAAUACUGGCUGCCUGAGUCAAAUAUGGAUCAGUAAGAAUAAUUUUUAAAUGUAAUAAUUAUUAAACUAAUAGCAAUUAGAUUAAACACUAAUAUAUAUAUAAUUUCCAACGCUCUAAGUCUCUUGCCCCACUUUCUUUUUCUGAACUAAGCUCUAACUACUUCCUAGCUUUUGCCAAUGUGUAUGCCUUUUGUUUCACUUUAACCCUCUACCAACAGGAAUAAUUUUUUCCAGUGUCCAGUCACCAAAAACAUCGAUUUAUCUUAUUUUCAAUUGAAUUGAGUCUGCCUCAUACUGUAAUCGAGUUUUACAGAAGUUUGGCACACAAGUAAUCACUCCCAGCUGACAGUUUCUCUUUUCAUAAUGACGCAGUGAAAAAAAAACCCAAACAGAACAGCCCAAACCCAAACACCACCAUGGCUGACAUGUUACAGGUAAAGUUUCCACAGGUGGUCACGGAGUGUGGUGAAACUAUUCUUGUAUAACCUCGACUUUCUCAUCAAGAGGUUCAUAAAUACGCCAGUGAUGUAGCAUGGCUGAGCCCAGAAAUUAAUUCUGCCUUUUAACUGUCCUAUCAGAAAAAAAAUCUUUCUCUCUUUGGCAUCUAGUUCCUUGGGGGAGCAGGAGAAUCCUUUUUGACUUCCUAUGCAGUGUUAGAGGAAUAAUACCUCCAAAAUGUUUAUGGUUAUUUAGUACAGUUUGUCUUGUUAACUUAAAUCCAUGUUGUCAAAUAAUCCAAAGUUUAUGUAUUUACAUUCUUCGGAGUACUGAUCUGGACACUCACGUGUUGCCCUGUUUGUGAUUCAUGACACUUCUAAUUGUGUGUGAAGUAGCUAUUUGAAAAAUCAAGGAAUUGUCCUGACAGUAUCAGUCUCCAGCAAUGCAUGUGUGGAUUGGUGCUUCAUUUCCUUGAUUCAAUGACUAUGCAUAUUUUCUUAAUGUUCCUUCACCUUUAGUAGGAGCAAAUUUUUUUCAGCUAACAUCAAAACAAGUCAGCUGUCCUUAUUAUUCAGUGUUUCAUGCAUUAAGCAUGACAGUGCUUUGACUGAGAAGAAUAUCAAUAUAGUAGCCCAGAACAGCAGAAGCACAUUCAUCUGUAAAAUAAUUAGCCUUGUUUGUAAAUAUCCUUGGAAGUGGUACCAUAAUUGUAUUAAAGAAAUGUUUAGUUUUUUAUUGCUGUGCAUUGAAAAUUGAAAUUACUUCAGUGUGUCUGCAAAGACAGAAAAUGUAGAUCAUGAUAGCAUCUAGUAAAGCAAAGAGUAACCUUGAUAGCUAACGUGUGUGUAGUUUGGGGGCAGGUACUGUACCUGGGCAGCAUUUAUCCUCUUCCCAGUGUUGAUGGGUUUUUUUGGGGGGACAUCAGUUUCCAAUAUAAGCUGAACAGGUUUAUUCAUGGUGGUAGAGAAAACGUUUGAAGUGGAAGCUGCAGGCCCUUGUCCAGGCAGCCCCGAGCAGUGUUCUGAUUCUGAAACUCACCUGACUGGAAAAGGCGAGAGAGCUCUCCAGAACCACGUGUAAGUGCUUUUAAAAAAAGUCAAAGAACAUUUCUCUGAUAUUGGCUUAGAAACCAUGAUAAUAUCCUGAUCUGCUGAAAUGUUUAAGUCUGGCUGACCAAAAGGUUCAGCAUGAUGAUAUCAUUAGAUUAAUUCCUGGUGAUUACUUUCAGCAGUUCCCUUGAAUUUCCCUGGGUUGAGUUUUAAUGCUUUAGACAUGCAGGAGCUCUAGUACACCUAGCAUUAAUGUUUAUUUUCCUUGUCUUUCAAGGCAGUAGAUACUCAGUAUACCAUUGCCAGUUUAUUUAACCUGAUUUAUGACUGCUGGGAGAAUGGAAUUUUAAAGCCAAUGAUGUCGGCUUUGUCUGCAUGCCAGUGGAGAUCCUUUAGCACAAAGCUUUCACUGCUCACCCUGACUCAUUCACAACAGGUAAAGAAGUAUUGUGAUUUAAUUUUGUUUUUUAAACCAUCACUGGUCCCGAAAUGUAUUUUUAACUAGUGUAGGCUUGAGUAGUACAGCACACCUCAGACCAGUAACAUUUAACCUCUGAUGCUGAUCUCACUGGAUUUUUCUGCCCAGCUAACAGCUGAGAGACUUCCUUCAGGAAACCUUUUAUCCGUCUUGGACUCAUGACUUGCAGUUCUGGGAAUGUGGAGGUUUAGUCCCGUUCCUGCUGGAGUUCUGUAAGCACCUGCAGGGCCGCGGCAGCCCCUCGAUGCGUUAUCCCUCCCGGUGUCCUAACCAGACCCCUCGCUUUCACCCCACGCGGCGGAGGUGAGUGGGUGAGGAAGCUACGAGCUGUUUUGCCAUGAACAGAGUUGCCUUCCCCAACUGAUACGUAGUGGAGCUAUCCAAUAUUAAGGCCCAGUCCGAUCUGAGACACCAGGUGAAGUAUUCAACGAACAAAUUCCACAAAAUCAGAGAGUUUAUCUCACUAAGUUUUGACAGAUCUCUAAGUGAAUCAUUGAAGCUCUCCUGAACUGCUUUGCCAUUUGGAGGUAAAAUAAACACUGUGGCUGUUUAUGCCUCAGCAGAAACUAAGCGGUUCUCAAUGCAUUGCUGCUCUUUUUUUUUUUUUUCUUUUAAAUUGUGGUACUUGCUCUUGCGUCUGAGAAUUAAUAGCCAGGGAUGCUGUGUUCUGUGUCUGAAGCUAAUGUGGCGUUGUCCUUGAUAAGUAGCUUCUGACAGCAGUUAAGAUUUGCUACUCACGCUGAUAACAAGAGUUUUUCCCUCCUCCGCUGGGCUGAAGGAGUGCAGGUGUGAUGCCUCAGCAGGGCAGUUCUGCACUGUACCUUGGUGCUGGAUGCCACUGUUGGAGCUCAGCUGAACGUCUGGGGUCAUGAGGGCUCUGUCCUGGGUCUCCAAACUCCACCUCCUGCUUUGGAAUUGGUGACAGUGGAACUCACUGCUGCCUUUUACCUCAGUUCAGCUUUGGGUUGGGGACUUCAUCAUUCGGUCAGCCUUUCCUUUUGUAUGUUCCCCCAUCCUAUUAAUUUUAUUGUGUAUUUCUAGGGAGGAGAUACUAUGGUUGCUAAUGCAACCCUGAUUUUCUUCAACUUACCAGGUUUUCCACUGGCUAAUGUAUCAUCAGUGAUUGUGGGCAGCAUAACUCCAUUUAUUCUAUCCUCAUUGAGGGUUUAUUGAUGUAAAAGAACUGAAUGCAAACAUUUAUAGUCCUAGUUAAAGGCCAACAAAUCACACUUGUGUUGUUCUGCCCUAAACUAACACUUACAGGAGACUUGUUUGUACAAGUAGUUUCUCAAACACGGAGCCCUCCUUGCAUGACUUGCCCAGUUUGUGAAGCAGUGGCCUCGCAGGCACGAUUGCCGGAGUCUCAGUUGCCACCUACAGAUACAGCAUCAGGGAGAGAGGGAGGGGAAGCCCCUCCGUGCUCCUCCGAUCCCUCGCCACGCCGUGGGGUUCAUCACUGAGGCUGUUGCUCUUUUGACAACUCUAAACUUUGUGUGCAAGGCCAGUGAGAUGUGUCCACCAGGAGAUUCUCUUCGGGGGGGGCAGGACGGUGGCUGCGGGAAGAGGAAGGUGCCUCUUUGGUCUCUGCCUUUCCACACGAGUGGGGCUGGGUACGUCGGUGAGAGCCCGCCGUGUGCUCGCUGCUGUCCAUCACGACAAAGUGCUUGCUGGCAUCUUACAACCUCGUUCAUGCUGGUUAUUGAAUUCUUCCUGGCAGUCACUUUAUUAAUGUGUACUUAGUAGCAGUCAUAAUGCUUAACAAUAUAAUAAACUUCAAGAUUUGUUACUGCAGAGCACUCGUUCAUACUUCUGCAGCUGGAAGUAAGGCGAUAGCAGUCUUGGCCUCAAAGUGUUGUAGCUGCAGCAAAAGAUUUAUAGUGGGCAUCUAAAUUAACUGGAAGAAGGUGUUAUGGGUUCCCAGUAAAUAAAGGUGAGAUGCUGACAGUAGUUACCAAUAAUCCCCCUGAUAUUCCCUUUUGAAGCUUUCUCUAUCAGGCCUGUAAACACAGACGGCGCUGGUUAUCCAUCGCAGGGGGCAGGUUUAUUCUUUAACCAGAACUGGUACAAAUGUCCGCAUGGAGGUACCUGCUAGUGUACAGCUCUGCUGGCAAAUACCAGGCUGGAAAGCUGAUUUUUUUUUUUCCUCCGUGUGGGUAAACAAGGACAAGUUGAGCUUGGCUCUGUUCAGCUGGAGUCCUGUCCUAUCUGUCCAAGGUACAGGAGUCUCAACAGGAUGGAGUCGAGUCUUCUCUUGGAAGUCUCAGCCCAGGAGAGUUUUUCACAACUUGUAGAGGUUAUGACGUGAUGCCCAAGAGCUUUAGUUUUCACUUCUGAGGGGGGAGGGCCUUGUAUACAUACUCUCACUUAAACUUCCCUUUGUGCUAAUCUUUGGCUGUACUCAGUUCUAACUCUUCCUUUACUCUGGAGAUGUUCCCAGACCCUUGGUGUCAGGUGGAAUACUCUCAUUCUCACUAUUUUUUAAUGCUAACUCAGAUUUCACCCCUCUUCACUCAAACAACCUGGAACUCCUGCUGCUCUGUCACGUGGGGGCUUGUUUUCACACUAAGUGCUGCUACACAGGGCACUUACUAGCAUCAGCUACACUACCGAAAGCGGAGUAAUUCCCUGUGCUGGCCUAGGCUGCGCCUGUAUCAACCCAGAUGUGAGUGUUGGAGCAUCUUCACCUCCGCCGAGAGCCCCCAGCAGGAGUUUCAGGGCUGUGCCAGCCCUGCAGCAUUCUUAACAUGAAACUAGGAGCCAGCCCUGAGAAGGGAAAACCCAAGAGCCAUCCAAAUGGAACCGCACAAAGGAGAAUUUAAUUUAAUUGCUCUGCUAAUCUAGUUGAUCUCUUCAUGCUACUUUAAUUCCGUUCUGGGGUGUGGGUGUUGUAGCUGGCCGACCGCACAGUCACCAGCCUGAAUGAAAAGCAAAGUUGAGUUUUAAUCUUUAGUUUCUGGAUUUUUUUUUUCCUUUGAGACUUAGUUCCUGCGAGGGUCUGACGAAGUUGCUGUGAAUAUUGAUGCUGUGUAUAUGGCACAUUUUGUAAACGUGAAACAAACCUGGAUGAAUGUUUUGUAUACUGCAACAGUAGCAUUGUAAUCCUGCUCCUUUUUUAUUCUAAAUAAAUAAAUAAAGUACUUGUUUGUAAUGUCUGUAUUUUAAGGGACUGAACUCCUGGGAGGGGCGUGGGGUGCCAAGAGCUGAGACUGGCAAGAGCAGUGUAGUUAAGCACUCAGUCCUUCAGCAUAAGCCUUUGCGCUUU